ACUUACUUCUAGCAUUUUUGGAAGGCUGUCGAAAAGUGUGGUCGAUUUUAGGUGUUGCGUUUGUUGUUCUGUUGAUGAAAUUAUCUAACUUAUACGUAAAUUUUCCUUAUCUGCCAUGCCGAGACGUUUGGCAGAGGUCGGAGAAGGUAGGUAACUUUAAAUAAGUGUUCCUCGAUCAGAGAUCUUUCCAUGUGGCUGAACUCAGCAAAAUUUAACCUUGCUAGAUUGCUUGAAAACAAUAUUUAGUGGUGCAAUUCGAUGGGCUUUAACAUCCCAAGACUUUCAUUUUUUUCCAAGAAUUUUUCGUCUGGGGGCCAUUGCAUUUUGGAGUGAGUCAAGUGUUCCCAAUUCCUUUUUUUUUUAUAAUAGCAGUUUAUAUUCAGAGGGAGAGACCGACUGUUUUGUCUCAAUUAAGCGAUCUACGUGUAGCUCAGACUGCUCGUUUCUAAGAAACUAAUUUGUCAUUUUACUUUUCUUUCCUCAAGCUUGUGUUUAGAAAAUGUUGGAGUUAUGAUGAAGAAUACUUUUGUGUGAAAAUGGCUUGUUCUUUCAUUAACACCCGUCUACAACUUCAAGUCAUUGUCUUGAUUAAAAUAUAUUUUAAGAGCAUAGAACAACGUGGGGGCAAAUUGGGCGAAAAUAAAUCAUACUUCACAGAAUAAAUGAUUCGUUUUAUUUUCUAAAGGACAUGAAGAUGGGAAUGGUGUGUAUGGCAUCAUACGGGAUCUGAUUGUGGAAGGAAAGGAUGCCAGAUUUGUGAACAAGAAGGGUCGCUUCGUUGUAAACUGGUCCAGAGCCCUUGACUGCUUCACUGACUACAAGGCGAAAAAGAACCCGCAGUUCAAAAGCAAGGCAGUGUCUAGGAGAAAAAUCAGCAACGGUUUCAGGUCAGCCCUUCUGAACUACUACAAGAAGGAAGGUGCCAAAGAGUACAAGGAUGCAAAGAAAGUAAAUGAAAAUGAUGAAGUUGUUGAGAGACAGUUUCAGAUGCCUCCUAGGCUGUUCAAGUCAAUGUUCAGAGAUGUUGGACCCACAGUCACAGAAGACAGUGAAGAAGAUGAUCAAGAAGACACCAGCAGCUUAGUCUCUAGUGAGGUAAGAUGACCUGACCUGUUCAAGGUGGAGUAUUAUUAUUAUCAUUAUUAUUAUUGUUAUUAUUAUUAUUAUUAUUAUUAUUAUCAUUAUCAUUAUCAUUAUUAUUAUUAUCAUUAAACACAGCUUUUAUAUGGCUCGCUGGAGUCUUCCUUAACCAUCAAGCCACCGCCCAUGACCUUAGGUGUCCGAGACUUUGCGAAGGAUUCUGGCUGUAUCCAGUAAGCACGUUCUCUGCGAUGGUUCCAAAUGACAUCUGACACCAAUCUCUGCAAAACACUUUUCUAUAUCAUUUGAGACAGUUCCCAAUGCACCAAUAAUGAGUUCCUCCGAUCAGCAGUUGAUAUGUGUAAUUAUUUCCAGAUGUGUUUCAGCUCUUCCUUCAGGUCUUGGUAGUUCUUAAUUAUUUUCUCUUUCUCUUUGUCUUUCACUUGGAUGUCAAAUCAUUGUCACAAGAUUGAAGAUGUGAUUAACAUAAAGUGUACAUUGCACAUGUAAAUUGUUUAGGUAGAGUAGGUGAACAUUUCAUAUAUUACUUUGCAGGGUGACGACAAACCUGAAGUGAGCCGUAGCACAAGCACAAGUGAUACAGGGUUUGAUGAAUUUAUGGAUAUGUCUUCUCAUGGUAAGAAUACAAUAUACAAUUUCUGCACAUGCAUGUUCAAUUAUUGUAUAUGUACAGCUCAAAUUUGAUUUCAGGUUAAUUUUGAUUUAAUCUAGGUUGAUUCUCAUUAUUUCCUUUGUCUACUUGCCCCAGGAGACAAAGGAAAUUGAGAAUGAACCUGCAUACUGUAGGUUGAAAAAUUUUAGCCGUAAAUCAAAAUAAUAUUAAUUUUAUGGUCUGUAACAUACUGAUUACUUAACUGGUUACAUAUUUAAUUAAUUGAAAUAACAAUUUUUGUGCUAUGAUUGCCAACACACGUGUACUGCUUAAAGAUUAAAACCCACCAACCAAGAGUGGUACAUGUAGCAAGACUAUACUAUAGUCUGGACUAUACAGGUUGUAAUCAACACGAUCACUAGAUGAAGACCAGCAGUAUGUGGUUGAAACAUUGUGAGCAACGAAGAUAAAAGUGAUUGUCAAUAUCAUGAGACAAACAAUAAACUAGCCCAUUAAUAGGCAUACCCUCAUGAAUAACACAAUAAAUUCUCUAUUAAGUCCCCCCCCCCCCCCCCGCCUCUUCCAAAUAAGCCCCCUCCCCCUUUUCAGGGGAAGAAAGUUAAUAAUCCCCCCACCAUUAAUUAUUCUUAACUAAUAAAAUAAUGAGUCUGUAUUAAUCAAUCACAACUGUAAAACUUUGUGUGGACUGAUCCGGGAUGGUUUAUUUACCAAGCGGGAGUUCAGAUUUGAUUCUGAUCCCUGACUGCAUGACCUCCAACCUUCUUGCACUUGAGCUUUUCCACUUUUUAUUCUAGUUCUUUAUGGAGAACUGAUACCCUAUACCAUCGUCUCUUCUGAAUGAAAUAAGCCCCUCCUUCUCAAAUAAGCCUCCUGUCUCUAUUAACCCCUCCUCCCCUCCCUCCUCAAAUGGGCUUGAAAUAAAUAACCCCCCCCCGGGGCUUAAUAGUGGAUUUACGUUAGAUGUAUCUUUUCUCUUUUUUCAGAAAUUGUUGAACCACUUGAAAGUUCAUUGGCUGUUGCUGGUAACUUUUUGACUGAUCUGGGUUUAGAUGUCAUAAAAACAGAAGGUGAAGAAACCAGCGUAGGUCUCUCAGAUGUUCAGCUUCCCCCAGCUUCUGAGGUAAUUAGAAUAUAUAAUAAUACAAAAUAAACCUGUGGUGAAUGAAGAUACAUUAAUUUUAGUAUAAUCAGCACAAUUGCAUUUAAGAAAAAUAUUACUAAGCUUUAAUUAACAAAUCAGGGUCUUUAUCUGAUAACAAUACUUUUAAACAAAAAAAUAUGACUACAACAACAACAAAAAACAAACAGAAGCAAAAGUCAUGAUGUAAAUCUUAUUGGUUCUGGGAUAUUUGUGGGUGUUGUUUUUAGCUAUAUUUAAGUCAAUAUUUUAUUAUAAUGUCACGUUAUUAACUGUACAUACCUUGCAUUAAGAUAAUAGCUACCAAAAGAACAGACAAUGAUGUACAUCACUUUUAUUUAUUUAUGUACAAAGUAUUAUGUUUUGUUCCUAUAUAAAUCUGAUUUGUUUUUUCCUUCCAGAUCUUUGACCCAUCCAUGCUUGACUCUGCCAUUGAAGAAAUUUGUUCUGACGGAAUAUCAGAUGACAUUUCUGAUGAAGGAAUAGACUUGUUUGGAGGUAUGGAUUAACCCUUUAAGCCCCAAUAUCCACAAGCAAAUUCUCCAAACUGAUCUCUACACACUUCUUUAAAGAAUAAGUUGAGAGAAUUUGACAAAAGAUCAAAGCAUUUUCUCUUUGGUGAUCAAUUAAUUAAUUCUCAUAACCUAAUCUCUUGAAAUUGUAUGGAUAUCGUUAGGAGAAAAUUGAUGUUGGUCACUAUUGGGACUUAAAGGGUUAAAAGGAAAACAAGCUAAAGUCCGUUUUUAUUUUUUACUUUACCCUUGAACGUUUUAAAUAAAUGGAACAAAAAUAUGCUACCUUUUUUAUAAAUGAAAUACAUGUAGGAUUUAUAGUUGAUCGCUGACUUUUUUGAGUAAAUUUUAUUUAUUCAGCUCUCACCAUUACAUGGGCAACACAAAAGAUUGGCUUAAGUUUAGACUAUGAGUAGUCCCUCAUUUUCCCUCAGGGAUAGUACAGUGUGAGUCAAAUGCAAAUGCGCACAAAAUUACAUUGUGUCACCCCACUUGAGCAAGGCGGGACAUGGCGGGGAGAGAGAAAAAUGAAGGGACUAGAGACAAAGCCUUUGCUUUUGACUUUGCAUUGCUCUCACAACGCAUGACUCUGAUUGGCUCUUCCAUGGCAAUCUGUCAAAAACUGUCAAAAUGCACCAGCUGCUUAUGGCAGCUCAAUGAGAGAAGGAAUCCCAUUGGAUGCGCUUAAUUGAUUUGAAAGAUGAUAAGAACUUCACACUCCAAAAUCGAUGAAUCGCCCGUGAAGAGUCAAAAGUGUGGGCUUUGUCUUUAGUCCCUAAUUAUUUUUCUCUUUCCCGUCCGCAUCUUGCCUUUCUCAUGUGGGGUGAUACAAUGUAUUUUCACAUGCAUUUGCAUUUUGCUCGCUCUACUAUCCCUGAGGGAAAUUGAGGGACUACUCAUAGUCUUCCUUAAGUUGCCAGUCUAACCAUUGUAACUUUAAACUCUGCAGCAGGCAGGGAAGGCGAGAAAAUUUUUACUUAAUUCAUUAUUUGUGUUUGCUGAGUUUAGUGAACCCUGUUAAAAUAUUAUAUUGUUUGUUUUGUUUAGUAAUUACAGCUGUACAUUCUUUGCAUAUAAUAAUAAUUUCAUUCCUUUUUCUUUAUAAUCAGUGGUACAAGAUAUCUGCCCGACGUCUGGAUCUGUAAAGGUGAUUCUCUCAUCCUGAGAAUGUGGCUGUUGCCACAAACAUUUUUUAACUCACAUCUUUUUAUUACAUCCUUAUUAAUACUCCCUGUAUUAGGCAUGCUCCUUCACUGAUGGCAGGUGUUUUUAUAUGGAACAGGGUGGAUUUCAGUUCUACAUCUCACUGACUGAAGAACUGCCAGAUGAAGUUAAGACGGGAGUGGCACAGUUUGAACGGGUUGCCAACGUCAUGGUGUACAAGUUAAACCCAUUCACCCUGACUGGAACUGUCCCCUGUAAGUACAUGUGUACAAAAUGCGUAGUGUGCGGAUGAUGUCAGAGUGACUAAUUUGCAAUUUUUGUCUGAGUUUUGUCAUUUUUCUCAUUUUAAUGACAAAUGACAGACAAACAUGACAUUUUUAAUUAAUGAGAAAACUUUGGUAGACAAAAGUGAGGAAUUCGAUAAUGUUAGUUUUAGUUUGUUUGACUGAGUUUUGGGUCUAUAAAUAGUAACUGCACACAGUGCUAUUGACCACUGUUGUGAAUAAUUCAUAUAAUUAAUGUUUACUAUAAAAAGAGAUACUUAGGGGAGAUAAGUCAGUGAACUUCAUAAAUAAAUAAGUAAUAAUGAUAAUAAUGCAUUAUGUAAUUGAUGUUUAAAUAACAACUUUGGUCAGGAGAUUACAUAAAGUUUGAUUAUCAGAUUACUAUUAUCAUACAGGUAGCACUUUUUUAGACUUUUUUUACACUUGUGAUUCAUCAUUAUUUCAUUUGUCAAUGAGAAAAUACAACGUUUGUACUUCUUUGCGAAAUAGUUAUUAUUUACAUUAGAAAUCAUACUAUUAUAAAAGUACAUUGUAGCUCCUGUUGCUUGGCUGUGUCUUUUUACAUUGUUGAUCAGACUGUAUUUUUUCUUUUAAUUAUCAUUUCAGCCUCUCAAGUGCCUGGUGAAGUAGCUGUGACGGUUGUAACAGAUGCUGGGAAGAAACUGGGAAUGACCUGUUUCAGGUACAUUGAUGAGAUGAGAGAGAUGGUCCGACAGAUAGUAAAGGAUCCAACUCUUCAGUCACUCUGGUUUGCCAUGUGGUCGCAAGAGCAUGGAUUCUUUGGAAAUGAUAGCAACAUUGCACAGGUCCUCGGACCAAUUGAUCUACAAGGCCAAGGUGAGGUUAAAUAGUUUUCUAUUCCGUGUUAUCUGUUCUCAUGUGGAGGCAGUGGACUGGCCAAGUGAUUAUACUUCAAACUUCAGAUUUGGGAGUCUAGGUUCAAGCCUUUACCCUUGGUUGCUUUCUUGGAAAGAAACAUUGCUCCACGUUGUCUCUUUUCACCCACUCUGUUAGGAGAACUAAUAAUUAUCCUCUUAAAGGGGGUGGGGGGAGGGCACACUACUAAGAGAGGGCUUAAAAAAAAGUCCAGUCCCUAGUCACCCCAGUUAUUGGCUCAAAUUGACCUUUUACCUUGCUGUCAUAUGCUUUAACUAUAAAGGAAUGGUACCAAUUCAUAAUAUUCAUUUAAUCAAUCAAUAUUACUCCAACAUGUUUGCAGUGUUCAUUGUUUAAUGCCGUCAGUUUCAUUACACCACUUAGUGACCAGUGCAAUGGCAGCAUCUUUCUUUUAAACAAAUAAAGUUUUCAUUAGGAGUUCAAGCUAAUUCUGUAAUUUCUGUUGUCUUCUUCUAGAUUCUUCAGUUCAGACAAAGCAACAACAAUCAGUAAAAGUACUGCAGCUACUAGUUUACACAGCGGCACAAACAGAUGCUCGAGAAUUCAUUGAAAUGGUCUUCAGUACUUCUGCGGGACAAAUAGUUUUUAAUUCUUACAAGGACAGAACACCAUUACCUGAGGAUGUUGCUCUAGCUAAUGGCCAUGAAGAAUUAGCUCAGUACUUAACAGAUAUACACACAAGGUUGGAUUUAGUAUUUAAAUUUCAAAACUCAGAGCAACAAUUAAAAAAACAAAAUGGAAUAUUUUGUUUGAAUUGCUUGAACUUCAUCAGUGAUGUAAAAUGUCAGGUUACGUAACAGAAAGGUUUUUGUGUAUUCCCAGGAGAGGAUUGUAAAUGGCUAGGAGGUCCAGUCCCUUGUCCCUAUUCAGAGAGGGUUUUCUUUGUGUGAUGACAUGGCCUCCUUGACGUGGCACUUGAUGGCGUAAUUUUCGGCAGAUACAUAGAACAUUAACAUUGUGUGGGUUGAUGUUGUGACCUGUUGCUGGGCAGUGCUUGAAAACAGCACAAGUUUACAGGAUCCUUGUUCUUUGAUCCACGUACAUUGUACAAAGGGACCUGCAGGCAUUGUUCUUAUUGGGUGUGGUAAAUGACACCACAUAUCUUGAAUUUCUUUGAACGAUCUUUUACCUAUGUCACAUGCUUUCAGAGCGAAAUGCUUGUGGAAGAUUUGAACCCCAUGGGAUUUAAAGAUCCAUUGUAAUGUUCCCGAUGCUCCUCUCACUUAUGGCAAGCAUGCACAAAUUGAUGCUUUGUUUUAGUGGAACUACCGUACCUGUGGCUGGCUUUCUUUUUUCUACAACUCAGUGUAGUCAUUAGUACAAAGGGCAGAUUUUACGUGGUUGAUCAUCCCCUUUAAUAUCGUCCUUAUCAUUUGUUACCAGAGUUGUUGCUUGGUGCAUCAAGGUGCGAAUCACAGAAAGUUUGUGUUCGAGGUAGCCUACUAAUAGUUCCCAUUUUUCCUCAGGGAUAGUAGAGUAAGCGAGAUAGGGACUACUCGUAGUCUAUGUUUGAAGGGGUGUUUCCAUAGGCAAAAUGUAAAUAUUGGUCUCUGUUGGUCGGUUUCCUGUAAACUGUCUUGAUACUGGUUUUGCAGUCAUCCUCUAGAUAAACAGAGGUGUCCAAGAAAGAUAUCUUACCACCCUUUACAACCUCCCAUGUGAACUUGAUAUUUCAGUCCAGAGAGGGACCUGACCUCUUGGCCAUUAUUUACAAUCCUCUCCUGGGAAUACAAAACAACCUUUCUGUUACAUCACCUGACAUUUUUACAUCACUGAUGUAGCUUGAGUGAUUCAAACGACGUAUUCGAUUUUGUUUUUAAAUUGUUGCUCUAAGUUUUGAAAUUUGUGUACGAAAUGUCCUCACCCGGGCAGACAAAAAACCUUUUAGUAACAAGGUAUGAUCUUAAAAUAAUAAUAUUGCUUUCAGCUUAUGUAGUCCAGGAUUAGUAUAUUAUCAUGCUUACUCUCCGAACUUCUGCGUUGUACAUAUCUUGAUGUAUGCCACUGACACAUGAACCAAUUGGUAAUUAAAAGAGGACACAUUACACGUUAGUGUGAAUUUCCAAAUGUUUUUGUUCAUUGGUCAUGACAACUGGUAUAUUUUUGUAAUAAAUUAGAAAUGACCAUUGUCUAUGAUCUACAUUUAUAACAACUUUAUCCUCUACUAUACCUACAGAUUAUCUAAAGAAACUUUUGAAGAUGUUCAGUCCUGUGCAAUUGACUGGUUAGAACUGGUGAAAGCAGUCCAGAAACAGUCUUGUAAGUGAACAUGCACCUUUUUUGUUAUGCUGGAGUGCUUGAAUUUUUCAUAAUUUCCUUUGAUUCCUUUAACAUCUUUCCUUCAGGUCAGAACUUCAAUUGAAAACUACUGUGACAGGGAGCCAGUUCUGAAAAUGACAACUUUUGAUUGAGAUUCCCAACAAUAAAUUUAUGUUACGAUAACUGUUACAUUCAAAUGAUACGUAAGAUGAAAUUGUGAUUGAAUGUACAUAAAUUUCCAGCAGCUCCUUGCAUAGUUCAGAUUACACGUCAGUAUUCAUCCUAGAUUUAAAUACUAGGAUUAAGAUAAGAGGAAAAGUUAUGACCAUAAUGCCAGUCGAAAGCUUGUUUAACCUGAGGUCAAGCAGACUUAUCCUGCAACAUGUAUACUUUUAAUGAUCAAUCCUUUGGUAUAUUCUGUUGGUACAUGUAUGCACUGUGUACACUGUAGCUGUAUAGUUGAUAUGCUCAACAGGAAAAAGGCAGCCUUAGUUUUCCCUUCUAUUAUGUUAAACUUUGGUUGAUCCAAUGUUUGAUAUUUAACAACGUCUACAACUGCAGCUCAAGAUGAGUCAACCAAAGGACUUCAGCAACCCAGUGACAUUGAUGACACAAGUGAUUACUUUGCUGAUGUUGAAACUUCCUCUUGCGGAUCCUCUGAUCAUGAUAUAGUGUGGACAAACAUGUCAGAAAACAAGGCUGCAUGGAAAUGCCCCAGAGGAUCUCCCAUAUUACAAGGUAUACUAGAUAAAUAGUUUGCCUUUCAGGGCUGUCAUUUGGGGCCAGGGGCCAGCGAUUUUCAUAAUAGCCAGGGCUAUAAGGAACCUGACCCUUGCCCUCUUUUGUAGGAAAAUAGAAGAAAAGCAGAACCAAACAAAAUCUUGCCGUUAGCCCAGCAACUUUAAAUUUUAAUGACAGCCCUGGCCUUUACAGCCAUCAGUAAAGUGACCUUGGUAUAACAACAACAUUGUGGGACACAAUUUAAACAAUACCAAAUAUGAUAAGGAAAUGAGAAAAAAAUAUAUUCAGAAAGCCAAUUGUAUGGAAAAAGUUGUUUGGACCACAAGGAUUAUGGUCUAGCAACAUCGAUUUUUUGCAAUGACACUUUGUGUUUCUUUUAAGUUGAAUGUCUCGUUUCUCGCAAUAAAAUUCCAAUGCAUUUUAAGCACCCACUAGCAAAAUAUCUUUUAUUUUACCCCCCCUUUUGCCAUUAUCACAUCCAGCUUUAUAACAUUGGUAUUUACUUGACAGACAUGCUGGGAAUUUUCUUCUUUUUUUUUACUUAUAGAGCCCUGCACAGAUGAGGACAUUUUUAAUGACGUACACCCUGUAGGGACAUCCAUGAGUGAAAAUGGCCCAUCAAACAAGUGCCCUUUGAAAGCAACGAACAGUAACGUAACACUUAAGAAAGCUGAAGAGUCCACCCAAAGACCGACUACGAGGCCAGUAGUGGAUAAAAAAGGGACACCCAGAAAGCGUGAGGCACAGCUAGACAAUGAGAAUGGCAAGGAAGGUGUGUCUUGUGGGAGUUUUGCCCAUGCCUUUGAUUGCAUAAGCAGAUGGUGGAAGAAAAAAGACAGUGGCCCAAUAGCAAGGGCGCAGGAUAACUGUUUGGAAGAGAAAGAAGAGGAGUUGCCAUCAAAAUUCAGACGUCUCUUCCAAGGAUUGUUUUGGCGAGGCAGUGACACUAGUGAGGCAAACGUCCAUGGUGCAAGUGGACCACAUAUGACCAAGCCUGAAGGUACAAAGUGCCAUUUUGUUCUUCUGUCAUUGUCUAUCUAGACCUCAAUUCUCUUUAAUCACAUUCGUCAGAACGCAUCCUAAUCUUGGUCUUCCUGUGGUACAAAGUCACAAAUUUUUAAGGUGUCGCAGGUGUCUGCCGAUUGGCCGCCCCUACUGAUUUUAUUGGGGGCAACUCGGCCAGGAAACUGGACUCCUUUCGACUCGAUUUUGUUUCCGUAACUGACUGUCAAUGAUUACUUCUAGUUACUAUAAUGAAGUUUUGAAAGUUUAAUUUAUGUAUGUAAAGUUUAACACUGGUUUUUGUCUCACCAUCAACCUAACUCCUUGCUUGGUUUUUUUCUUGACAAAGGUAUUAUCUACUGUUAUUUUAUACAGGGUGCCAUAAACGGCCCGACCGUGCUAGAUCGUCCAAAAGGAGGGAAGCAGGGCUUAAUUAUAAAGGCGUUGUGUUAACCUUCGCUUUACUAACUGUCUUAGCAGGAUUCAAGCUAAAAGGUGCGUUUAAUUCAGUUUGAUCAUAAUAGAUUUUAGAAAGUGACUAACUCCCAUGGAUAAGUUUAUCAUCAAACGACGACAUCAAUAAGGCCAGUGCCAAUAACUUGGUUUAGCAGGCAUCUCCAGCAUGUGGAAGCACUGCCCGCAUGGUUUGUGAUUUUUAUCCACCCCAAAUCACUUGGGAGUGACUAAGGGUUACGCAGCAUGCGAAGACACUCUGAAUUCGAGGCAGUCACAGUAUUUGUUAACAAGACCUGGCGAAUUGUCAUUUUUAGACAAUCAGGGUGAUAGUAGCCUGUAGCCUAGGUUGCUUGCGAGAGGACUCGGUAUAGUCUAUCUUCCUAUGUGGGGAUUUGGACUGUCUAUGACGUAGCCUAGUUGAUUGGGACACUUCUUUCUUACACCAUUGAUUAUUUCAGUGUCUCACAGAUACCUAUGUGGCACCAAAAAAAAAAUUCACUCCCUGAUAUAACAUGACCCUUUUUUCAGUACAACGUGCCUCUGAUCUUCGACUGACUUAAGAAUUGUGGCUGUUUGUGUUGUUAAUGUGGAUGUUUGGUUUUUUUAAUACUUGGAUGAUAAUCAGAAAUUGUAACAUAGCUAGAAUUUUCGCCUAAUCAAAUUAAAGAGCACGAGCGUGCUACUUAUCACCACUAAGCACGCCGAUGACGUCGUCAAUAAACAAUACCUCGAGGUCCUGUGAGCUAAGCAAUCCUCCCAAGUGCAUCCAUAACUAGAUAGUACACGAUGAAGCGUUCGCCAUGUGUUUUAUAAUGUAAACUAAACAGAAACACUUUUGACUUUGUUAACAGUUAGUGGGGGAAUAAGGUGAGUGUUGUUAUUGUCAGAUACGCGAGCUAUCAGAAGCAUAUAACCCCGAAGCGUAUAGAUGGUUUUCACUGUAACGUCAUCAAAUUGUAAAGUCAAAAUAGUGAGGUUUUACGAAUUCGUAUUUACCCUAGGUUGAAGAUAAACAAAAAGUAAAUCUUUGUACAAGUUUCCAUUUCCGUAGCAUGUUUCAUUUCGAAAAUACAGCAAUUUGAACUUCCGAGUUUUCACAGUGCGUGACACCAAAAUAGGAAUGCUGUCUCGUUGAAAAAAGUCUCUCCUCUUGAUUUUCAGCAAUAUAACCACUUCAGGUAUUGGAAGAUAUGUUUAUGCGUACGUAGGCUAGUUCUGGAGUGAAAAGAAAGAGUUUUAUAGAAAAAGUAAACUCCAGAUGUUUUUGUUGAUUUCCGGCGGCCAUAUUGGUGCACCAAAACGGUGCACCAAUAUGGCGUCUCCAUACAAAGCUCUACAAAGGUGCGUGAAACCUUUCGCCAAAUAACUCAGAAACUAUGGGCCACAAAGACCUGAGACUUGGACAAAUUGUCUAUAUAUUAGUCUUUUAUAACAUUUCAUUUUCUUGGUUUCUUCCACUGGACGGUUUCCAAUUUAUAUUUUUGUUGCGUGACAGUGAAAACGAUCUAUAACUUUGUCGCAAAGCUCAGUUCUUUUAGGGAACCGAUCAAACUUUACUUCCUAAUAAUCAUGGAAUUACUGAUAAGCGAGAUUGUCGCGCGAAACUUGUAUCGCGAUGUAAAUGAUGCGGUGCAAAAAGCAUUUACUGUUUUAAUACGAGGUAAUAUUGUACGAAAAACGGAAUACAGUAUUAAUCCCCAAAUGACAUCAAAUGACCAGGACUGAGUUAGUUCCUCCUAACAAGAAAAAGUCGACUACAAAUGACAUGCACCGUAAGAGAAACGAUUUCUUAAAGUUGUUACUUCAAAAACGGUUUUUGCGUGACCAUUAGCGCAAACAACCUUUAUAAAAUCACUUACUAUCUAUCUAGAAUAACUAGUAACACAUAUUUUCAAAUAAAAUUGAGUAGUUUCUGAACUCGAAAGUAACAAUUGCAUAAAAUUCGCUGACAUCUUCGGAGAUGUGAUGCGUGUGAUAAGACUUAGAUGCCGGCGAUCAUGUUUCCAAGUAAUGUUAUGGAUAAACAAACAGAAAUCAAUAAACAGACAAAUUGUUUCUUGAAAAUUUUUUUUCCAAAACCCAUACGUUUACCAUUAACAGCAAUUCACGUAACACUGACUGGAUCAUGGAUCUGUUCCCACAAGUAAAAUCGGCUGAGCACAUGGCAAAACUUAACACUUAAAUUUAAUAUCUGUCUCAGAUCGGGUGCAUUUCCCAAUUUAUCUUGAAAACGCUAUCAAAAAUUUAUAAAACGUCUAUGAAACAUUUAUAAAUACAUAAAUUUCCUUUGAAUAACGUACUUUCCUUGAGUAUAAUGUGUAAAAUGUAAGUUACCUGAAAAUUCUUUAAAAAGGUUGCUGACUUGGUCUCAGUUCAAAAAACGACAAGCGCUCCGAUCCUGAUCCGUGAAAGAAACAAGGUCGAAGUCCUCGGAGGUAAAUUUUGCCGCUUAAAACUUUUCUUUGUCCUCAAAUAGGAAACAAACUUUCACAAGUCGCACGUCUAAAACUGCCAUACAUGUGUUCGCGUACUGUUCUGGGUGAAUUAAAAACUGUACACUCACAAAAGAUUCCGUUCCGACUUCGUCGGCGCCUUGAACUGCUUGAACAACGUUUCUGCAAAGCUUGCCAUGCUGGUUUUGCUGAAUGAGAACAGAAGUUGCAGAUAACUGGUUUGCCGCACGUGGUAGAUAGGUUUGCAGCUUGUAGCCUCAGGAUGAUCUUUGUCGGUCAAGCAGCUGCAGGCUGCUGUUGCAUUUUGCUAUUUUCGGCGAGAGGCUUUGCGAUGUCGUGAAGAAACGUAAACAUCCUUGUCCCACUUUGUCGCUGGUCGAUGUUUUCAAGCCAUACCGCUUAUAACUUUGUGGCUCCGUUAUGUUUUGCCAGGGAUGCAUUUUAUAGCAGCAUAAUUACUUUAUCUUUUACACCACGAAACGAUUUCUUUCGGCCGUAGAAAUUACAUGUAUAAGCGUUGCAAGCUUAAAGUUUUUAGCCUUGAAUUAUCUUAUUCCAUAUUUGGGCAAAAUAAUUUUCCGCGCUUCUGAUUGGACGGCUGCGCCAGCUAAAAAACCCGAGCAUGGUUCUUAACACAUAAGGGGAAGUUAGACGCUUCGGGGUUAUAUGCUUCUGGAGCUAUGCAAUGGUGUGUGCUAAUCAUUCUUUGUAAGUUUUUACGUACGUUCAAAAGCAACUUUGCGGCGAAUUAAUAUGGUUUUGAAUUUCUAUCUCAUUAUGGGUUCUAAAACCUUUUGGAAUGUUAUGACUUGUGACUCAUGAACCACUUGUUAUGUGACGUACACGUGUUGUUACAAUAACAUAUUUUAAAUGAGUUUUUUGAUUUUCUAUUUCUUUACAGAGGGCCAGAUUCUUCAUUGGGCAGUCGGGAACGGUUACACUCAAUUUUCUAAAAUGUUGUUGCAAUGUGGCGUGUACGUCGAUGUUCCUGGUCUCCUGAAAGAAACUCCUCUACACCUCGCAGCAAAGAACGGAUUCAGGGAUCUUGUGGAUGUGUUAGUACAAAGCGGAGGUAACGUGAAUGCUAGAAACUUCCCAAUGCAAGAAACUCCUCUUCAUUUGGCUACACGAAAUGGCCAUCAGCACAUUGCACAAUUCCUUAUACAACAAGGAAGUGAAGUCAACGCGCGAAAUGUUCCUUCCCGAGAAACGCCUCUUCAUCUUGCUUCGCGAAAUAACCAUCAGCAAAUUGCAGAAUUUCUAAUACAUCAUGGAAGUCAAGUCAAUGCGCGAAAUGCACCGUUGCAAGAAACUCCUCUUCACUUGGCUUCGAAGAAUGGCCACCACCAAAUUGCAGAAUUCCUAAUACAGCAUGGUGGACUGGUCAACGCUCGGAAACGCCCGUGGCAAGAAACAGCCCUCCACCUUGCUUCACGAAAUGGUCACCAGCAAAUUGCAGAAUUCCUAAUACAGCAUGGAGGUCAAGUCAAUGCUAGGAAUAUACCGUGGCAAGAGACGCCUCUUCACUUGGCAGCGAAGAAUGGACAUCAGCAAAUUGCAGAAGUCUUACUGCAACAUGGUGCUCAGGUCAACGGUAGAAAUAUACGAGUGCAAGAAACUCCUUUACACAAAGAUACACGAAAUCACCAUCAGCAAAUUUCACAGUCCUUAGGACAACAGAAAGGUCAUGCCAAUGCUUCAAAUGUACCGUUGCAAGAAACUUCUCUUCAUCGGGCUGAAAAGAAUGGCCACCAAUCCAUUGUAGAAUUUCUAAUACUGAAAAGAAGUCAGAACGAUGCAAGAAUUUUGCCAGUUCGAGAAAUCCCUCUUAAACUUGUGUCACAAGAUGGCCGCCAAGCAACACAAAUUGCAGUACCAGCAAAACAAAUUGCAGUACCACUUCGUUACAUUAGCGGUUCGUUUUCAUCCGAGUUCGAAUCAGUUAAGAAGCACCAUGUGGAAGACAAAGCUGUAACAGCUCGAGUUCAAAUGCAUCAUGUCUUUUACCCCGCCAAACUUCAACCUGAUAGCGCUCUCCAGCCCGGGUUUAAAUCCCGUCUACUUGAAAUCGUGUGCCAUCAACAGCACAACAACACCGCCUAUGCUAAUUAUUUGGCGCAGAUACUGGUUCGCGACUUCGGAACGUACUUUAUCACUCGCGUCAAUGCUGGUGUAGUUCCAAAGGUAAACCACUUGAUAAAAAAAAUUGUUGCUGAUUUUACAGAGGAUAAGAAUAGAAUCACCGCAGCCGCGAGCGCAUCCUUUUUAGGAACCUUUGGCGGUAGUCAUCAUGGAAGUCUGGUUCAUGCUAGACAAAUAGAAACUCCAUUUCAUUGGGCAAGAAAGAAGAACUCACCAGAACUGUCCAGUUUGCUUUGUCACUGGCUGAAGAAGAAAUUUUCUGCAACCAGCUAUUUCAGACAAUCAGCACGAAGAGAGAUUCAGCGUCUGCGAUUCUCCCUUGGGAAAGUCUUGUGGAACUGCAUGAACGAAGUUGACUUAAUAUUUAAAACCCAAACUAAAAGUCAGGUUUUCACAGAAAGUCAUCACCAAAUCUUUUUGGGUGGAAAAGACCUAGUGGAUCAAAGUCUAGUACAAUCUCAUUUGAGUAUCAGGAAAGAGAAACUUCUUACCAAAGCCUUUGGUUCUUUUUCAGACUCUGAAUCAUUUUCUUCGUCAGACAGAAAGACUAGCCAGGUGUUGUCUUGGUAUGCAACCGUGCUUUGCGUUGAUGGAAAAUACGGCAAAGAUGGCAUAAACUGUGUACAUACCAGCAAUUUCUCUGUAAUAAUUGGGUGUUGUAUUGCACUGUGUUUUGUGUUUGUGGCAUUGGGUUUGUGGUUCUUUCGGAGGAAUAAGACAACUGUGCGUUUUCCCGGACACUGUAGUAUCCGGCUUAUGCCGGGCAACAUAACUGGAUCAGGUUUUAACUGCAUACCGACGAUAGAACUAAUAGAAACGAAUACAGCCGUUCAAUGUGUCACAGAGACUGCAGACAAUGAACCAUUGGGAUAUAAAGGCUGUACGCAGACGAUUUUAACAAAGAAUUCUGUUUUUGAAAGGACAUUCUUCCCCGAGGUGCUAACUUUUAGUUAUCAACAGCUUCACAAAGAUAAGAGCGUGAGGCGUUUACGAAUGGAGCGUGUGCGGAAGUGGUUGGAAUGCAACCAUGACCAAGACGUGCUGUCAUCUGUGGAAAGUGAAGGUAAUGCUUGUGUUGAAAUUCGUAGGGAAGGUUAACUUCAGAAUAAUUUGACCUUCCACUCUGGGUGUUGGAACUUCAUGAGCGGUUAGAGCUAUACUUUUGCAAACCAGAGGUUCAGGGUUUGAGUCCGUGUCUGGCUGCUACAGUAGCUUGUAUUAGUCCCUAGUUCAAAUCUUCGACCAAGCUGGUAAUAGCCAACUGCUACUACACGAGAAAUUUCUGCAAUUUGAUUGGCUUAGAGCAGUGGUAUUUCAGCUUAAUUUGAAAUACCUACCUGUGAAAAUUACAAAACCUUUGCGUGUAGUAGUAUAAACAAAUAAUAACAUGAUUUGAACGUGAUAUUUGGCAUAAAUACCACUCGUUAUAUUUCGAAAUUGUCUCAAAUUUCAUUCGCCCUAACGGCUCGUGAAAUUACGUGUAACAAUUUCGAAAUAUGACUCGUGGUAUUUAUGCCAAAUAUCACUACAAUUCAUGGUAUUACCUAUACUAAUAGCCAUUUAGAAUUACAAUAUCAAUAUUUCUCCGAAUUUUGCUCAGCCCCAAUAACCUUUGCAUUGUUUGGUUUGCCGAGAAACUAGUUAUUAAGUAAUUUGCUGUGUAUAGUAGCACUUCAAGGACUGUAGUGGAUCCAGUAGGAAACAAUUAAGCGGUCAUUGUGAUUUUACAAUUCCAAGGAGAGAGACUGCUAUAAGAUAGGUUAAGCAUCACGUUUAUUUCAAAUGGCAAACGAGAAUUUGUACCACGUGAUCAAGUUUUCUCUUCACUUGCCGUUGACUGUUCAUUAUGUUUAUACCUAAAUUAGUUGUUCCACGCAAUUUAAUUAUCCAUAAGAAUUGCUUUGAGCUGUUUUUAUCUGCUCAUUUUCUUUGUUGAGAAAUUCUCAACUCAGUUGACUCUUAAGUGAUUGAAAUUAUGAAUACAUGAAAAUCAUAUAUGGGAACUGCUGAGUCAAGAAUUAUAUGAAGGAAGAUCAUCGCGGUAUAUACGCAACUUUUGCAGUGGCGAAAAGAAAGCCUGUAAAAAAUUCAGGCUUGUACAGGAUUCGAACCCUUGACCUCUGCGAUACCGGUGCAGCGCUCUACCAAUUAAGCUAACAAGCCCACUGGGAGCAGGUCGUUGAAUUGGUUCGUUAUUAACCCAUGAAAGGAUGAUGACGAAGUUAUGAAUAUAUGAAAAAUCAUAUAUGUGAACUGUGGAGUCAAGGAUUAUAUGAAGGACGAUCAUGGCAGUAUAUACGCAACUUUUGCAGUCUUUUUCAGGCUUUCUUUUCGCAACUGCAAAAGUUGCGUAUAUACUGCGAUGAUCUCCCUUCAUAUAAUUCUUUAAUGAUUAUUGCUUUAACUUUCUGCUGGAAGUAUCUAAAUAAAGUGACGAUUUUUAGAACCUUUCCACUCACGUGGUCAGUAGCUAUACAAAGAUAUUGGAACAAAAAAGAUUCAACUCCUACAGGACUUGUUUGGGAUACCAUCAUGGCCGCCGGUGAAUUGGUUUGAAAACCAUUUUGAAAACACUCUAUAAGUAGCAUACCUAACAUAACUGCAAUUCCACAAUUGGUUUCGGCCCUAGCAAAUCUACUGAAAUACAGGAGAUUUUCAUGGGAGGGGCAACACACAAUGUGAACACAGUUACUGACACGACAUUUUUUUUACAAUGUUGACUGCUUAGUGCUGGAAAACAUGUAUUGGAUGUCAUGUGACUUCGAAGAAGGCAAAGAUUGCACACGAAGUUUAAGCAAACAACCUUGUUACCUGGGUCACAAUGUUAAAUUCUUCGUUAUUUGUUUUGUUUUAUCGUUGAUAACUGUUUCUAAUUUUUUUGUCUCUUAGUUGAACUGAGGCCUGCAAUGUCGCGGUUUUCUUCUUCCACAAUGGUAAAGGAACUCACGAUUGACGAGACUGUUGACAUUGAAAUGCCAGAAUCCGCGGACACGGUAACGUAACAAACAGAACUAAAUCAGUUAAAUGAAAAGCAUUUAUUUAUUCCUUGAGGAAUUAAGGUUGCUAACUUGAAAGCUAAGUUUUGUGAAGAUUUUGCCACAGGGAGCAGAGGAGUUAUUUGUGGCCCUGAUUGCGGUUACAUGUUGCAGCUGAUAGUGCAAUUCGCCUUUGCUUACUGUGUAUGAACUUGACCGAUCAAACCGUCAUGGGAUCUCUUACAAACCUGGAGUAAAGUGUAAUAAUUACAUUACAUUUCUAUUAAGUGCAACAUAUAAGGCAGAGAGGGUUAUUAGAUGAUGGAGGCUGAAAGAGAAAAUACGCAUAUGCCAAGUCAUUCGCAGCAAAUAGAAGCUCAAUGGGCCGGUUAUUUAAACUGAGUUUAAGGCAGCCAGCCAUUUUCAGUUUGCUAAACGCUUUUAGCUAAACUCCGGUUACUGUGAACAGUUUCAUGAAAGCAACAGGCCAGACUGGAGAAACAUUUAUCUUCUUAAAAUAACCCACUCAGAGAGAGAUCUGAAGGUUCAAUAAUUUUUCAAACCGCGGCCAAAAUUAGACUUUGGUUAAAUUACUGAUCCAAUUUUGUUGUUUAGUUUAUUCUGUUUAUGUCUGUAAACAGGUUCCAUCCAUGAAGCAAUCACAUGCUGUUACCGGCUCUGUUCAAGGGUCCUAUACAGCUGUCUCCUGCAUACCUUGUGGUCAUGGUGACUACACAUGCCAGAGACGCGAGAAGUGUUCAUCGUGUGGUAACAAGGAUGUUCUUGUAAACUGCUCGAUUAAUAGAGAUGCUGUUUGCUCAAAGAGUUGCAAAUCAAAGACACAUUAUUUUAAUGAAAGUGGUGGUCAGCCUGGUUGUUUUGACUCGUUACAUCUUGAAGCGUAAGUAUUAUAAUCCCGUUGAGAUUAGAGGACACACCCCAAACUACCUUGUUUUACAGGAGCUCCAAGGUGACACACAUCUCGAGAGCAAAACACUCAAAAGACAGAUAAGACCAUUCUGAUUAAACAGCAUUUUGGGAAAACUGGACAAGGCUGCUGCCUAAGAAAAAUUUUAGGGAGCCCUUCGGGCUCCUAAAGUUUAAAGUUAGGAGCCCGAGCCACAUUGUUAGGAGCCCAGUUUGAAAUCCAUGUAUUGUUUUUCCAAGAUCAUUACAUAGGUUAUAGAGGUUCUUGCACACUUUAAUAAGAAUUCGCCGGGCCUAAUAAAUAACACGUAAACAAGAAUUAACCGAAUUAUUUACUUUCAUUUAUUAAUUUAUUCAAUUAACUUCCACAUCUGUUGUGUUCAAUGUGACCUAGAAGAGCCUUCAAAGAAUUUUCUAAAAUGUAACAAUUAAACUGCUUCUUGUACAUGAAAUCGAACAUCAAGCACGUCCAGUCGAUAGCACGCAAGAUAGCUUCCCAUUCUCGCCACAAAAAAGUUAUCAAAUCGACGAAAACCCAAGCAAACGAUGAACUGCACGAAUGUCAACAUAGGCAACAAACAGCCCAUAAUUUUGCUAUUCCAUAUUUGGAAGUCAAAUCUCAGACCCAGUCUUCAACUGCCAUCCGGACUCGGAAACGAUGGCUUCGUUCGUUUCGACAAAGCUUCACAGUUGAACACGUUAGGUUUACAUAAUUUACGGUUUAUUUGUGGAAAUUUUAUACUGCCUAAUCGCAUCAUCGCUAACCAUAUCAACAGUUCCACUGUUUAAAGUCCUACUCCAGCUAAAGGAAUAUAAUGUACAAGGAGGUUAAGUCUAAUGCCGUGUGUUAAGUCAGGCGCCCGCGCGGGCUCCUUGUACCGAAAUUUGGUCGCCCAUGCUCUUACCUUGGGCGCCUCUGGCGACCGGGCGCCCGUUAGGCAGCAGCCUUGACUGGAACGAGUUAAUCACAUACUCCUUCUGAGAUAACAAAAUCAAUAUCUCUAACAAAACUGCGUUGUUUCAGGAUAGCUCUUAUACGGUUAAAAUCCCCAUACUGGAACACAGGUUCCUCACAAAAUAAGUUCUAACUAAGCGGCAGUUGGGGAAAAAUUGGAAUGCGCUACAUGUAAUCGUACACUGUAGUAGAAGAGCUUUGUUGUUAGACUGUAAUAGAGACCAUAAAUCCUUGGGACAGUUAUUGAAAUUCAAAACUUUUCUUCAAUAGCAGUAACGCAUCAAAUAAGCAAAUGUAGCAUAAGAUCCACUUGUGCAAUAGCUCGGAUGUCUCUAAUGCCCCCUCCCCCUUCCCCUCCAAACAAUAUAAAAAAUGUUGUAGUAAGCAAACACCUUUCACAACAGGUUAAAGUGUACAGCUACAGGGUGCACAAAAUACAGCAUUGCUGGCGGCGAAGGGGGAAGGAACUCAGCUUAAGUCCUAUUGUGUUAAGUGCCCCCUUGACUUUUGACCUCGUUUGUAGCCUGCUAUUAUUAAGCGUCUACUGAUACAUAAUUUAUCCUUCCUUUAUUACCAGAAGUGAAGAGGAGGCUGACGAGAACAAAGAAGGCGGGUCACCAAUAAAUCUCGUAGCUAGUGCUGUUGAAUGUUGUUUUGAAGAUAGCUUUGAUGUGUACAGUGAGUCUCUAGCUUGGUCAUCCUCUGAGGACAAUGGCUGGGACCGUUUAAGCCCUGGUGAGUUGCCUUUUGUCUGUCGCCCAGUAUUAGGACUAGAUGGUCCAGGGAAAGAUAAAUUUCUUCUCUCUGAGGAAAGUAUCCAACGGCUCAGACAUGUGACUUUAAAGGAUCCUAAAAGAAAAUCUUUGCGUCGCCGACGGCGUCAUGUAACUACACAUGAAACGCUAUGUCGCUACGUUAUUGCCGCGGACACGACAGCUUCUGACUACCUGGAUACCUUAUCACGGAUAACCACUGGAACAUGGUGUGAGUCUGUAGAUUUUGCUAAACCAAGCCGGUAUCCUUGCAAUCGAAGCACCAAUGUUGAUGAAGGUUUGUCUCUUUGUUGUUGUUGUUGUUGUUGUUGUUGUUGUUGUUGUUUUGAUUGCCUCGCAGAUUUCUCGGUUACCAUAUGAUUUUUUUUUUGUUGAUCUAUUAUUUUGUUUUACCAACAAAAACGUACGCAGGCUGAGGCUUAUCUUGUUUAUGGGAUCUGACUGGUAAAUUUUAUCCUUUUACCUUGUUGAACUGUAAAUUAACUUUAGCAAUUUUGUACUAUUAUGUCAAUCAAAACGAGGAACUUUAGCAAUUCACUGGACCGCGCGUGGUCGAACGAAUAGGGACCUUACGAAACUACGACCGCGACGGUAAGGAGAACGUCAAAAAGCAAUAAGUGUAAUGAACAAAACAACAACUCUGCACGUGCAUCACGCUUUUUUUGUAUAUUUCUUUACUCUACCUACACAAAUACGACGUGAAAUGACCAAAUUUUAAGUUUACUUGAGAACGGGAACGGCAAGGCGAUAAAUAUUCUACCAUAUCUGUCUGAACUCGGACGCUGUCCCCUCGGUUCAACUUCAACCAAAAUUCCCUUCUUUUAAGUAACAGGGCGAAUUGGGAUAGUCGCGAAAAAGUUUAAAAGGAUGUGAAGUCUAUUUUUCAGCGACGUUUUCAUGGACGUCGCCGUUGUCGGAUGGUAAGGUCCCUAAUGAGUGCUUUAGUGUAACCUCUGAAACAUCCUGAAAACUGAGCGUUAGCUACUUAAUUUCGAUCUCACGUCGUCCGCAACUCAUGUCUCAUCUUUUUGCAGGUGUUUAUAGAAGAUGGUCACUCUGUCAAGAUGGGACUAGCAACCGGCCUUGUUCAUUGCCAAGUUCAUUGUCGUAAUUUUACCAUUUACGCUUCUUUCUUCUCUAUGAAACUUAACGUUAGUCACGAAAUCACUUGUAAUUAACAAAAUCACAGCCCCUUCGCCGGCAAAUAUGCCUCCAAAGCAUUAUAUCAAACGUAACAACAAAAAUGAACUUUGAAAAACUGUUUGGCUAACAAGUUUCCAUAAAUCACAAUUGCAGUCCGUUUCAAUCUUUUUCAAGUUGGUCCAUCCAAACCUUCUUUUGUAUUUUUUAUGCCUUUUAUUCAAUUUAGCGGUAGUUGCUACUGUUUAAAAAAAUUGGUAAAUUUCGUGCCACAGCUCCUUUAACCCUUAAAGCCCUAUGAGUGACCAACAUCAAUCUACUCCUCACAAUAUCAAUGCAUAAUCAAAAGAAAAGGUCACGAGAUUUAUUGAAAGGAUCACCUCAGGAAAAAUUCUUUGAUCCUUCAUCAAAUUCUCUCAACUAAUUUUUUAAGGAAAUGUAUAGAGAUCAGUAUGAAGAAUUUGUAUGUGGAUAUUGGGGCUUAAAGGGUUAACUUCUUUAGUGUCACUGCGUAGACCAUUUUUUUAUUCUGAACCAUGAACUGGAUUUGGCUUCCACCCAAAGCUCAGGCGGCUAAUGUGAAUAUUAGCUUUGAAUGCCAGCUAAUUCCAGUUCACUUUCGAUGAAACAAAGAUAAUCCAGUUUUAAAGUUUUGUCUGAUUAGUCGGCUUUAGGAAUAAGGGGACAUGCUGGGUAAAGAAUUAAUUAGGUUUUUAGAUAUUACAAAGUCCUUUGUAUCCUCCAAAUGAAAACGUUGGGUUUUCUAAAUUUUCUGAGGUGAAACGUCUACUCAAAAGUAGAAGUUUUCCUUCCCCUUCCGAAUCGUUUUAGAGACGUCUUGGUUAAUUGUCUAAAUACCAAGAGAAUAAGUCCAUGCAGGUAUGUUUCUGUGAAAGUAAAAGUCACAGAUAAUAUGAAAGGCUCGUUUCAAUUCAUUGUAACAUAGUAGAAGUAUUUCACACCAGUAGCAUUUAUUGAUGGUAUAAGAUUUUCUACUGUUUGAAAGUGACAAGUGAUUAGCAUAAUAGAAAUAAUCAUAUAAUCAUAAUUAACAAUUAUUCCUCGAGCCCGAAUGGACUCCGAGUCAACAGCCCAUGAGGCCGAAGGCCGAAUGGGCUAUUGACUCAGAGGCCAUCAGGGCGAGAGGAAUACUUGUUUUAGUAAAAUCCAACUAGUUGGUCAAAAAUAUCGAGAAUAAAAAAAAUUUUAGCUACUUGAAGCUAGACUUUUUAAAAUCGUUUUUUGCCGCCAAAAAGCCGGCGCUUUUCGCU